ACAUCAUUUCACAACACUUUGAAAGAUAAAUAUACCCCCUGGACUGGUGCUUUUGCAGGCCCACUAGUUUAUCUCAGUGUUUGGCCGAUGAAUUACUGUAUGACAGAAAUGGAGAAGUCACAGCUUUCGUUCGUGUGGCGGAAGGUGCUACUGACCUUUCUUGCUGCGUGAUGGCCAUCUGAUCAUUUUCAACCCAACUGCACUCAUUGGGGGUUGUGCACCUGGACAGGCAGGACAGGCGAAGCCAACUGGGAUAAUGGCAAAGUACCACUGGCAGAGUCAAAAUGUGAAGCAAAGUGGAGUGGACGACAUGGUCCUGUUGUCCAAGAUCACAGAGGACGCCAUUGUGGAAAACCUCAAGAAAAGAUACAUGGAUGAAUACAUUUUUACUUACAUUGGCCCUGUGUUGAUAUCAGUAAACCCUUUCAAACAGAUGCCAUAUUUCUCUGACAGAGAAAUCGAACUCUACCAAGGGGCAGCCCAGUAUGAGAAUCCACCCCACAUCUACGCCUUGACUGACAACGUGUACAGAAACAUGAUGAUCGAAGGAGAAAAUCAAUGUGUUAUUAUCAGUGGCGAAAGCGGUGCGGGAAAGACAGUGGCUGCGAAGUACAUCAUGGGCUAUAUAUCCAAAGUAUCAGGAGGAGGAGCAAAAGUUCAGCAUGUAAAAGACAUUAUUCUGCAGUCCAAUCCUCUCUUAGAAGCCUUUGGUAAUGCCAAAACUGUCCGUAACAACAACUCUAGCCGCUUUGGGAAAUACUUUGAGAUUCAGUUCAGCAGAGGUGGGGAGCCUGACGGGGGCAAAAUCUCCAACUUUCUUCUGGAGAAGUCGAGGGUGGUGAGCCAGAACGACAGCGAAAGAAACUUCCAUGUUUACUAUCAGCUGAUGGAGGGCGCUAGUGCUCACCAAAAGGAGGCCCUGGGCAUCAUGACCCCAGACUACUACUUCUACCUCAACCAGUCUGGAACCUACAAAGUGGAUGGAACCAAUGACAGCAAGGACUUCCAUGAGACAAUGGAAGCCAUGCAGGUAAUCGGGAUCCCAGGUGACAUCCGGGCUCAGGUGCUGCAGAUUGUUGCAGGCAUCCUCCACCUGGGGAACAUCAGUUUCAUAGAGGCAGGAAAUUACGGACAGGUGGAGAGCAUGGACAUGCUCGCCUUCCCAGCCUACCUGCUUGCCAUCGACCCCAACCGUCUGCAGGAGAAGCUGACCAGUCGUAAAAUGGACUCAAAGUGGGGAGGGAAGUCGGAGUCCAUCAACGUGACCCUGAACCAGGAGCAGGCCACCUACACAAGAGAUGCCCUGGCCAAAGCCCUUUAUGCACGCGUCUUUGACUACCUGGUGGAGGCCAUCAAUAAAGCCAUCCAAAAACCGCAUGAAGAAUUCAGCAUCGGAGUACUUGACAUUUAUGGAUUUGAGAUUUUCCAGAGAAAUGGAUUUGAACAAUUCUGUAUUAACUUUGUCAAUGAGAAACUGCAACAAAUCUUCAUUGAACUGACUCUGAAGGCAGAGCAGGAGGAGUAUGUUCAGGAGGGCAUCAAGUGGACUGCCAUUCAAUACUUCAACAACAAGAUUGUGUGUGACCUUAUUGAAAAUAAACUGAACCCGCCGGGUGUGAUGAGCGUGUUGGAUGAUGUGUGUGCCACCAUGUAUGCCAAAGGCGAGGGCGCAGAUGGCACUCUGCUGCAAAAACUGCAGGCUGCCGUUGGAACACACGAGCAUUUCAACAGCUGGAACUCAGGCUUUGUUAUACAUCACUACGCUGGAAAGGUGUCUUACGAUAUCAACGGCUUCUGUGAGAGAAACCGCGACGUGCUCUUCCCUGACCUUAUUGAGCUCAUGCAAAAGAGUCAUCAUGACUUCAUCCGCUCCUUGUUCCCUGAAAACCUCAAUACAGACAAGAAAAGCAGGCCAACUACAGCAGGAUCUAAAAUCAAGAGACAAGCGAAUGACCUGGUGAACACACUAAUGAAGUGUACUCCUCACUACAUCCGCUGUAUAAAACCCAAUGAGACAAAAAGGCCCAAAGACUGGGAGGAGAGCAGGGUUAAGCAUCAGGUGGAAUACCUCGGACUACGAGAAAACAUCCGUGUACGAAGGGCUGGCUUUGCAUACCGCAGGGUGUUCACUAAAUUCCUGCAAAGGUACGCUAUCCUGACUGCUGAGACGUGGCCACGCUGGAGGGGUCCAGAGCAGCAGGGAGUUCUUCACCUCCUGCGGUCGGUUAACAUGGAUAAUGACCAGUACCAAAUGGGGCGCACCAAGGUCUUUGUUAAAAAUCCAGAAUCGCUGUUUCUUCUUGAGGAGAUGAGGGAGAGAAAAUUUGACACUUUUGCCAGGAUCAUUCAGAAAACCUAUAGAAGAUACAUGGCCAGAAAGAAGUAUGAGCAGAUGAGAGAAGAGGCUUCAGACAUCCUGUACAACUCAAAAGAGCGGCGGAAAAACAGUAUCAACAGAAACUUUGUGGGUGACUACCUGGGUCUGGAGCAGAGGCCUGAGCUGAGACAGUUCCUGGCCAAAAGGGAGCGGGUUGACUUUGCAGACUCUGUCAACAAGUUUGAUCGAAGGUUCAAGUCCAUCAAGAGAGAUUUGAUCUUGACCCCCAAGGGCAUCUAUCUGAUUGGUCGAGAGAAAGUGAAGAAAGGUCCGGAGAAAGGGCAAAUAAAGGAAGUGCUGAAACGAAAGCUGGAGUUUGGAAGCAUUAAUGGCAUCUCACUCAGUACAAGACAAGAUGACUUUUUUAUUCUGCACGAGGCGCAGUACGACAGUCUGUUGGAAUCCAACUUUAAGACAGAGUUCCUAAGCUUGUUGUCCAAACGCUACGAAGACGUGACCGGGAAAAAGCUCACAAUAUCCUUCAACGACAGAGUAGAGUUCAGAGUGAAGAAAGAGGGCUGGGGUGGAGGGGGUUCCAGGGUGGUGAUGUUCCAGAAAGGGAUAGGGGACGAGGCCCAGCUCAAACCUGCAGGAAAGACCCUUAGCAUCACAAUAGGCAAUGGUCUACCCAAGUCUUCCAAACCAACUAGGAAGGGUGGUCAACAGUCACAUGGUGGAGGCCGAAAUCACAGAGCCAGCAAAGCACACCAGAAUGGAGCGAGCCAGUUCUCCAGAGGACCCAAACAAUCGGAAAUUACAUAUUCCUCACCGCAUAAACAGGACAGACCUCCUCAAACGGCGCUGCCUAAACUGGGCUUUCAGAGAGCUCCCAGGAUCCCAACCUACAACCACAGUAACCAAGGGAACAUGGACUUCCUUAAUGUGCCCGACGGGGGCAUGUCAGGGAAACAAAGGAAGCACAGCAUCGGUCAGCGGCCUCCUCCUGCUCCCAAACCUCAGCCUCGCCCUCUGGGGCCCCGCUGUCGGGCCUUAUAUCAGUACAUUGGCCAGGACACCGACGAGAUCAGCUUUGAGUUCAAUGAUGUGUUUGACCUUGUCAAAGAAGAUCCAUCAGGAUGGUGGAUAGGCAGGAUUCAAGGAAAAGAAGGUCUCUUCCCUGGUAACUAUGUGGAAAAGAUUUAACCAGGACUGAUUGUUAAUUAAACUGAACAUAAUUGCGUGGUGAACUCUGCUGAUAUGUGAACCAUACCUCAGAAGACAGAAGGUAUUGCCAUUACUGUCCCGACAGUUAAAACACAUACCCUACGACCACACGUGUUGGGUUUCAUCUGUGUCAUUGUCUCACACUAUCCUGUUCAAAGUGAGCAAGUAAAAAGAUCGUUGACUGCUGGCCUGCACUUGCCUUGACACCUCCCUUUCAGCUUUCUAUGGACUUAAGCUUCAGUUACAGACCAUCAACUAAAAUGAGCCUAAUUGCUGCAUCGCAUUAUGGUGUCGACACUGUUUACAUCCAUAUGUUGGAUUCUAUUGUUCAUGUUUUCUGGAAAAGAAAAGUAGCAGAAAAGAGCAGCAUGCCACAAUUUAACAAUAUACCUAAUUUGUGGUAUUGUGAUUUUGAUUUACCUGAUGUCAAUGUAAUGUAUAUUUUUGUUUGUUUAUAAAAGAAUUUAAGUACAAACAUAAUGCUGUUUGCUAGUCCUGGUUUUAACGUUGCUGACUUCGUAUUAUAAUUACCGUAUGUUUAGCAGCAGCUUGCUGCAAAAGUGUUGAUAAAAGCCAAGUGGUUAGAUUUUCUCUGCUGAUUUAGGCACAUGGGGAUUUUUGUUUACUUGUCUCAGUAUAAAUUUGACUUGAUUUAUCUUAUCUAAUGAUUCAUUUCACUUUAGUUAUUUUUUUACAUCUACUUUUGUAGUCAUUUUUAUGUGUUUAUAAUAAUAAUAAUGCACUGGGGAUGUAGCUAUAUGCUGUUUCCUGAAUGCAGGCAGCGCAAGUUCGAUUCCCGGCCGGCCAGUGACCCAAUACCCAUUUCAAGCCAAAAUACUGUAAAUGGGAGGGUUGCGUGGGGAAAGGCAUUUGUUGUAAAAAAAAAAAUAAUAAUAAUAAUACAAAGAAUAAUAAAGAAAAAACUCCCAAACAAAUCAUGCGAGUGAUUGGCUUUCACGACCUUUGAUAAGAAAAGCUGAAAGUCACAAUCUUAUGUAUUCAUAAUAAGAAUUUUCUGUACCAGCAUAGUAUUGGCGUUGUAUUUCCAUUACACUUACUUACACACAUGUGCAAUGCAUGUGUUGCACUGUGUGAGGGAAAUGGUGGUCAGACCCGAUACUGCCUAGUUUUAUUUACUUGCUCUUAUUGUGAAAUGCAGCCCUACAUUUAUUUAAUAAAUGAGAGAACAUUAAAAAGUUGUGCUCAUACUGUACGUUUGAUUAUGCAUGGCAGAAUUUGUAAGAUGUGUACAAUUCUUUAUUAUUCUCUAAUAUCAUUAUAUCUGUGGCAUUAAAAAAAACAUCAAUGAUACUGUCA